AUGACUGCUCUUUUCAAUUUCCAGUCUCUGCUACUUGUUAUUCUUCUCAUCAUCUGCACAAGUGCCUAUGCACAUUCUAUGGCGCCAGGUUUCAUGGAUCGCAACCAGCAUGGCAUCCUUGGCGUAUUUUGGAAGUCUGCUAGGAUUGGAGAACGGCUGAGUCCGUAUAUCAGUAUAUGCUGCGUCUUUAUGGCGAUUUCCAUCUUCAUUGGAGGUUAA